AUGAAGAGUGACGCCUGGUUUAGCAAGCCUUUUUUGACUUCUAUAUUCCUUGGAAUAGGAGGCUUUCUCUAUGGAUUUGACUCGGGCAUCAUCACGCCUAGCUUGGCUCUGAGCUCGUUCCUUACGUACUUUGGAAAACCUGACCCUCCCCUCCGCGGCGCCAUUGUGUCUAUGUACCAAGCAGGAGCCUGGCUAGGCAGUGCCUCAGUCGGUAUCACCAGCGAUAGACUCGGUCGCCGUAAAGCCAUUGCUUUCGGCUGCAUCUGGGGUGUCAUCGGCGGUGCCAUCAUGGCUGGAGCUGCUCAUGUUGCGAUGCUCAUCAUCGGUCGACUCCUCGUUGGUUUUGCCGUCGGUACCAUCACCGGAGUAUCUCCCGUCUUUGGCGCAGAAAUUGCGAAAACUCAUGAACGUGCGAAAGUCACGGCAGUGAAUCAGAUGAUGACGGCUUGGGGCUUCUUCGUCGCGCUCUGGAUUGGUGUCGCGGAGGGGAAGUGGCACAACGCCAAUCAAUGGCGCCUUGGGUUUGCCAUCCAAAGUAUUCCUGCUCUCAUUCUCGGCGUUGGUGUCCUGUUCCUUAGUGAAUCUCCCCGUUGGCUUUGUCUCAAGGGGCGCCAUGACGAAGCUGAGAAGGCUUUUAGAGCUUAUCACUACGAUGGAACCAAUGAUGAUUGGUGCCGCACUGAAUUCACUGUUAUCCAAGUCAACAUCUCUGAGGAGCUGCAAGCUCAAGGCAGGCUUUCAUGGACCCAACUGGCCAAGACCCCUGCGUUCCGAAAACGCCUCUUUGUUGGUACGUUCGUUUGGGCAGCAGCUAUGCUAUCUGGUAUUUCUUUCGUGCAGUAUUACCAGACCGCUAUCUACGCGACACUCCAGUUCAGCGAGGAUCGCCAACUUCUUGUCAGUGGCCUUUACGGUUCUGUUGGUCCAGUUGCUUGCUUCCUGUCGUUGUUCUUUGUCGACAAGAUCGGAAGAAAGAAGAUUCUCGUCAUCAGCUCGUCGCUGCUGUCGCUCUGCUACUUGAUCAUUACGAUUCUGGCAGCUGAAUUCCCUGCUAUUCCUGGCAUGCCGACAAAUGCUGCGGCACAGAGAGGGUUGAUUGCAUGUAUUUUUGCUGUUUCGGCGAAUUACUCUGCUCUUCUUGGACCGAUGACUUGGAUCAUUCCCCCCGAGGUUUUUACUACUGAGCUACGAGCCAAGGCAAACGCUAUCGUGCAGGUGGUUCACUAUUCCAUCAGUCUGAUUAUAACCCAGUGCUCGCCGAUCGCUUUGGCCGCAGUGGGUUGGAAGUACUACAUCCUGUUCGUCCUCACCAACGCGCUUUGUGCCGUUAUUUUCUUCUUCGUAUAUCCUGAAACUCGAGGAAAAUCUCUCGAAGAGAUUGACGAGAUCUUUGGUGAUGUCAAGAUUGUUCAUGAAGAGGAUGUCCGGUUCUCAGAGAAGGCUGGUGUCGAAGCAAUCGAGACACGGGAUCAGCGCAUUAUUCAAGGAUCUUAG